AUGUAUCAGCGAGUGUCCAGACACAGCUGUGAAUGGCCACAGUCGGACUUGACUCUGACGUUGCCGCUGAUCGUUACCACCAUGCAGAUGAACGGCAGCGAUGUACUCCAAGACAUUUACGAAGUGGCUGUAAAUGACAAAUCCAGCAACCACAGCUCGCAGUUUGCUGACGUAGCCAUGCUGCAGACGUUCAAACCCCUCAUCAUCCCGUGCUACGCUCUAGUCGUGGCGGUGGGCGUUUUUGGCAACUACCUGCUCCUGUACGUCAUCUGCCGGACGCGCAAGAUGCACAAUGUCACCAACUUUUUCAUCGGCAACCUGGCCUUUUCGGACUUGCUCAUGUGCAUGACGUGCGUGCCCUUCACCCUUGCCUAUGCCUUCAACCCUCACGGUUGGGUCUUUGGCCGCUUCAUGUGCUACCUGGUGUACCUUAUCCAGCCGGUCACCGUCUAUGUAUCGGUCUUCACGCUCACUGCCAUCGCUGUGGACAGAUAUUAUGCGACAGUGCAUCCGUUGAAGAAGCGCACCUCCGUGACCACCUGUGUAUGGGUCCUCGCUGGAAUCUGGCUGCUAUCCUGCGGCCUAGUCACCCCAGCGGUUAGCCACACGUAUCACGUGGAAUUCAAGGAGGAAGGCUUCACCAUUUGUGAGGAAUUUUGGCUAGGUCAGGAGAAGGAGCGACGAGUCUACGCAUACAGCACCCUGCUGAUCACCUACGUCUUGCCCCUCUCCGCUGUUUUCGUCUCCUACUUUUGCAUCACGGUCAAGCUUAAGAAAUGCGUGGCGCCCGGCCACAGGACCCAGGAGAAAGCCAACGCCCAGCAAGCCCGCAAGAGGAAGAUUUUCCGCCUGAUCGCCCUUCUGGUGUCGGCCUUUGCCGUGUGCUGGCUCCCGAUUCAUGUUUUUAACAUGCUGCGAGAUAUCGAUAUUAACCUCAUUAACAAGCGCUUUUUUUUACUCAUUCAGCUGCUCUGCCACCUGUGCGCCAUGAGCUCAUCCUGCUGCAACCCAUUCCUCUAUGCAUGGCUGCACGACAGAUUCCGAUCAGAGCUGAGGAAAAUGAUCAAGUGCCGCCGCCGUGUCGGAGUUCCGGUCAACCGCUGUCCCGCCGGCGUGGCCUUGUAA